UCUGUCUCAUCACUCUCAUAUUCGCUGUGAUCUGUACUGGCUUGCAGCUCCCAUCAUGGUGAUCUCUAAUCAUUGGGCAACAGAAAUAAGAAUGUCUAAACCGGGUCACCUCGGGAAAUUGCACACAGAAGGGGGUGUCGCAGACAAUGAAAGGAAUGGUGCAGAUGCCCUACAUGAGGUGCAACAAAACAAGGGAUCGUCUCCCUUCUCCCUCUCUCCAAAGAUUACAGAUGAAGAAUGUGGGGAAAGAUCCCCGUCUCUCCCUGGCACUCCAGUCCCCCCAACUGCCCCACCUACCCCACAGGCUCCUUCUGUCCCACAGCAACCACCUACCUCCCUCCCACAGACACAGCUUCUCCUUGCUGGCAGUCAGCUUGCUGGGCUCACUGCCCUCCUCCCUGCACAGCAGCAGCUGCUCCUCCAGCAAGCUCAGCUCCUUGCCGCCGCUGUCCAGCAGUCCAAUGCUGCCGCUGCCGCCAGCGCCUCCCAGUCAGGGUCUGAUGCCCAGACUACCCCCGGCAGCCAGCAGCAAUCCCACCAACUUGCUUUAUCCCAGCCUAUCCACCUUACUGCACAGGAUAUUCAGCAGUUGUUACAACUCCAGCAGCUUGUUCUUCUUCCUGGGCAUCAUCUUCAGUCCCCCACACAAUUCCUGCUACCCCAGGCAGGACAGGGCCAGCAAGGCCUCCUAUCUGCAUCAAAUCUCUUCCAGCUACCUCAACAAGGCCAGGGGAAUCUCAUGUCGGGUCAGCCAAGGCCUGGACUUCCCACUCAGGCUGUGCCCCGUCCAGGGCCCCAGGAUCCCCCCAUUAUGUCACACACAGAGCAAGCAUCUCAUCCCGAGGAGCCCAGUGAUCUGGAGGAGCUGGAGCAGUUUGCUCGAACCUUCAAGCAGCGUAGGAUCAAGCUGGGAUUCACUCAGGGGGAUGUCGGCCUGGCCAUGGGCAAACUGUAUGGCAACGAUUUCUCUCAGACAACCAUUUCCCGAUUUGAGGCACUUAACUUAAGUUUCAAGAACAUGUGCAAGCUUAAGCCCCUUUUACAGAAGUGGCUGAGCGAUGCAGAAUCCAUGUCUGUGGAUAGCACUCUGCCUAGUCCCAACCCACUGAGCAGCCCCGGGGGAGUGUAUGAUGGACUCCCUGGCCGCAGACGCAAGAAACGCACCAGCAUCGAGACCAAUGUGCGCUUUGCACUGGAGAAAAGUUUUAUUGCGAACCAGAAACCUACCUCCGAGGAGAUCCUUGUGAUUGCUGAGCAGCUGAACAUGGAGAAGGAAGUGAUCCGCGUGUGGUUCUGUAACCGUCGGCAGAAGGAGAAGCGCAUCAACCCAUGUAGCAGUAUGCCACUCAUCCCCACCAGCCAGGGCAAAGGGCAGAUGUAUGGGACGCAUCUGGUGCACACCCCGGUGUCUGUGCCCACGCUCACUUCCCAGGCUUCCAGUACUCUCAGCACAACAGUGACUACCUUACCUUCCGCUUUGGGGUCUCUUGUUCAUCCUCGCCCACCUUCCAACACAGCACCCCCCUCUGCCACACCCCCACCAAGCAACAGCACAAGCGCCAGCCCCCAAAGCAGCACUCAUUCUGGGCUUAGCCUGACAGGACUUAGCCCCAGUACAGGGGGCACAGUGCUCGGGGUCAGUCCGGGGUUGAACCCGGCCCUCAUGGCUGGAAACCCACUGGCCACCAUACAAGCUCUGACCAGUGGUGGCUCUCUGCCACUCUCCGGUCUUGAUGCCAGCGGUAACCUCAUCCUUGCCAGCGGUUCCUGCAUUUCCAACUCGCAUAGUUUGGUGAGUCCUCCGCUCUUCCUGAACCCUGGAGGUCUCCCCCUCAUCGGCCAUGGCAUGGGACGCAUUGCAUCUGCUGGAACCCCAAGCCUCUCCCCGGCCUCCUCCACUUCCUCUGGAGACGUUGCCAUGACCUCCUUCCAGCACAGCCCAGGAGGCUCCCAACACAGUGGGGAGAGCGAUUGAGAGAGAAGCCCUCUCUCUCCCCUUUAACCUCCACCAGCACCCAUGCUGAGUCUCUACGUACCUGGGGGCUCCUGGAUACCACAAGGGGUUAGAGGGAAGAGCGUGUUUCAGAAGGCGCUGCCUCUGGCCCCUUAUUCCUCCCAGCAAAGAAGUGAUAUGUGUGGAGGGGGGGAUUGGAACUCAAAAGAACGUCCUAAAAAACCAAACAAGCCCAGAAACCUAAACCAAAUAAGAACCAAAACCAAAAACCCAAACCUCGGAAAUACUUCAGAGAAACCAAAAAUUUGCUGCACCCCCAGCGGGGGUGUACAGAGCUCCCCGACCAAAGGAAUUUCCAAAGACUGAACCCCUCUGCUCUAUCUUGUUUGUCAUGUUGAGCUUUGUGCCAUUUUUUUUUUUUUUCAGUUACAGAUGAGUAUGAGCCAAUAACAGGGGGCAGAGAGUACCUCCAUCCAUCUCCCUCUUCGUGCUCUACAUUCUUCUAUUAUGGGGAAUGGAUGUUAUAAAUUUUAAAGAGGGAGUGGCUGAAGCCUCACCAUGAGAGUGUCCACUCAAUGAGGUGGCGUGUAUGGGUGACAUAUAGGGGCUAAGGUGAAUUGCACCCUUUUUAAAAUGGCCACCACUGCCCCCCCUUUCUACACCAAAUACCAAAACGACAGCUUUAUCCAAAGCCUAAUGUACCUAGAACCUCAGAGUAACUCUGUGUAUAUGUGUGAUUGUCCAUAUUCAAAAAGACACACAUAGAUUUAUUUAUAACUUUUUAUGUUUAGCCAGCACUGAAACCCUUUCCCUUUUUGCCAACCCAUUUCUAAUUAAUUAAUUUAUUUAUAAAACAAAUCCUUCCCCACAAAAACGAUCUAUAGUAUUUACAGAAACCCUGUUUUCCUGGUUUUUCUUCUUUUUUUUUUUUUUCAAUUUGUUUUUUUAAACCCUUUUUUUUACAUUUUAUUUUUUUUGGUAGUAAGAAUACUGCCAUUUAGAAUUUUACAGAUCAAACCAAAAUAGCUUGUCCCUUUUCCCUAGUUUAUUUUCCAUUGACAUUUUUUUUAAAUGACUACUUUUGUAAAAAUGACUACUUUACGUUCUCCAUAUUGUAUUAAUUCCUUCCCUCCCUGCCAAAUAGUCCUUUUUUUAAAAAGAAAAAUCUAUUUAUGUAUUUUAACCCUCUCUGUGCACAAUAGCAUUUUAAGCUUGAUGUAUACUAGCAGCAUUGCUUUUUGCCCCCUAUCUUUUGCUCUUUUAUUUGUAUUUAUUUAUUUAUAACGAUGCCAAAUUUUUUUGUUUUUAUUAACCUGUGUCUCAUGGGAUAAAAAUCCAGGAUCAUGUUUCCGUGGAUGGACAAAAAAAAUACCAAAAAAAAAAAACA